GAUUGCAUUAAAAUGUCUUACAACUUUAUUGGUGAAGUCGAAAAUAUAAAUACUAGUCAAUUCGAAUUUAUAAGUAAUGUGUUAAAUGAACAAGGAUAUAAAGGAACAGAUGUGAAUGUAAGAAAUGUUGGUAAAAAAGGUGAUAAUUAUGGAUCAAGAGUGAAAAGAAUCGAAGUAACAUUUGAUGAUGGAAAAGAAUUUAAAAUGAUAAUAAAAAUAGCACCCGAAGACUCAAUAUUACGAGAUCAAAUAAAUGCGAACGACUUAUUUAAAAACGAAAUUGUAAUAUUUAAGAAACUAUUGCCUAAGUUAACAGAAAUACAAAUAAAGUAUGGUGUACCUGAUGAAGACAUAUUUAAAUAUCCAAUUUGUUAUAGAUCUAAUGAUGAAUUGAAAAAUGAAAUAAUACUAUUAGAAGAUCUUGGAAUGCGUAAUUUUCAAAUGUUAGACAAAACAACACCAUUAAACAAUCAAGCUGUAAGACUUAUCCUUAAGGAUUUAGCAAAUUUCCAUUCUUUGUCUUACAUUUUGAGGAACAAAGAUCCUGAGUUAUUUAAAAAUUUUAUGGGUACGUUAGUAAACGCAAUGAUAAAUGAAAAAACUAUUCAACAAACUCAAAUGUUUUUCGAACAUACAUUAAAUGAUUUAAAGACAAUAUUUGAUAAUGAUAGAUAUAAAAAUGUCAUCACUGAUGUAACACAAUAUUUAAUAAAAGGUUGGAUGAAAUUAAUGAACAGUGACGCAGGAUCAAAGUACAGCGUGAUUCAACAUGGUGACUUAUGGACUAACAAUAUCAUGUUUCAGAUGCAGGGAGACCAACCUAAUGACUGUAUAUUCAUAGAUUACCAGCUCUCCAGAGACAGUCUACCCGUUUCGGAUAUACAUUACUUAUUAUUCAGUUGCACAGAUUAUCAAACGAGGUCCAAGCACUAUCAUGAAUGGAUGGACUACUAUCAUUCUGAAUUGGACAGAUAUUUAUCAUAUUUCGAUCUUAAAGUUAAUUACGUUUAUCCCAGGGAUAAAUUCGAUGCUGAUUUGAAGAGAUACGGAAAACCUGGACUUGGAAUAGCAUUUGUUAUGGUCAAUUUUGCACUCAGACAAACACAAGAAGCAGCUGAUCUGACAAAUAUAGAUGGCACUAAUCUACCAGACAAUCUUAAAAUAGGAUCACUUAUGAAUAAGACUGUGGUAUCGAUUAAGGAACGUAUAGAAGGUCUAAUUGAAAGCUGUUUUGAGUUAGGAUAUUUGACUGAACCAUCAAAUGCAAAAUUUAAAUUUAUUCCAAUUAACGCACUAAAUUGGAUCCGUGUAGAUAAAACUAAUCGCUUCAUAUCUGUAAACGUAAAAAUGAUAAAACAGAUUAUGUACAAAAAAUAUGACUAUUUUAAAGCAGUCCAUACUGAUUAUAAAAUGGUUUACAACUUUAAAGGAGAAAUAGAAGGCAUUACUAAUAAUCAAUUCGAAUUUAUAAGUGAAGUGCUAAAGAAACUAAAGUGCCAGGGGAAAGAAGUAUUAGUAACCAACGUCGGAAAGAUAGGGGACAACUAUGGUUCACACAUCAAAAGAUUCAAAGUGAAUUUACAGAACGGUGAUGAAUUUAAACUGAUAGCCAAAAUUGCACCAAAAAGUAUGAUACUUCGAGAUGAUAAGAAUAUUAAUGAAAUAUUCAUUAACGAAAUUGUCAUAUUUAAAGAAUUACUACCGAAAUUUAUAGAUCUACAAAAAGAUUUUAAUGUACCAAAAGAAGAUAUAUAUAAACAUCCUAUUUGUUAUGGAACUCUAGGAGUAGCUGGAAGUGAAAUGAUUCUUUUAGAAGAUUUGGAUGUAUCCAAUUAUGCGAUGUUAGACAAAACUAAGCCUUUAAAAAAUGAUUAUGUAAAAACUGUUCUUAAGAAUUUAGCAAAUUUUCAUUGUUUAUCCUACACUUUAAAGAAUAAGGACCCAGAAAUAUUUAUGAAAUUUAUUGGAAGAUUAGUAAAUGCGACUGUCGAUACAAAAUCUAUAAAUGAAACAGAAAAAUUAUUCGAGAAAACUUUAAAUGAUUUAUUAGAAAUAUUUGAUGACGAUAAAUAUAGAAACAUAAUAAGCGACGUAAUGCAAUAUUUGAAUAAAUCCUGGAUAGAAUUUUUAAUUUGUGAUUCAAGUUCAAAAUACAGUGUUAUCCAUCAUGGUGAUCUGUGGACUAACAAUAUUAUGUUUCAAAUACAGAAUAAUCACCCACUUGGAUGUAUACUCAUUGAUUAUCAACUCUCUCGAGAUAGCCUCCCCAUUUCUGAUUUACAUUACUUCAUAUUUAGUUCCACCGAUUAUGAAACUAGAUCCAAGCACUAUAAUGAAUGGAUAGAUUACUAUUUUACGGAAUUAGACAGAUAUUUGAAUUACUAUGAUCUUAAAGCUGAUUGUAUUUAUCCUAGACAUAAUUUGAAUGCUGAUUUGAAAAGAUACGGCAAAUAUGGAUUAGGGAUUUCUUUCGUAAUGAUUAAUUUCUUAUUAGGACAACAACAGGAAGUGAAAGCUGAAGUUAUAAAUAUGAAUGGUGAACCAGAUAAUGUUAAAGAAGAAAAAUCAUUAAAUGACAGUUUAAAAACAAUUAAAGAUCGUAUAAUAGGCCUUAUUAAAACCUGUGUAGAGUACGGCUAUUUAUCUUAUAAUUUAGAGGAAAACAUUUGAAAAAGUAUAUCACGAUUUUACAGAUACUAAAGACUACAGGCUUAUUGUUAGCGAAUAAUGUAUUUUUGAACUAUGUUAUCUUAGUAUUUUCAAUGAAUUCGAGUAGAAAACUUUAAACGCUAACUAAGAACGCUUCUCAAGUAUCAAAGAGUAAUUUGAAAUUGGGAAAGAAUUCAAAAUCUGAAUAAUUUCAAUCUAAAAGCAAUAACAUUUUUAGUAAAGUAAAAUAUAUAGUGAUAUUGCUUAAAAAGGAUAUGUUAAAGCUAGAUUGGGUGCAUCAUGAGAUUCAACAUUGGAUACAUUGAGGGAUACAAAAGAAACGCCAUUUUUAAUUUUGGAUAAAAUUGUCGUAAGUAAAUUAACAAAUUAUCGAUGAAUAAAACUUAAAGUAUUAUAUGAUCGUGUAGAAGGGUUAUAAGCUAUUUGGUUAAGGAUAUAUAUGUGAAG